AUGGCGAUAGUCUCUGACCGUGCCGCUGCCAUAGCUAGAGCCAUUGGAAUCGUUAUGCCCUGGGCAUCAAGAGGAAUAUGCUACUAUCACCUCCAAGGUAAUAUAGUAAAGGACUUCCACGCAAAGGAGAUAAUGUAUAUGGUUAAAGGUGCAGCCUACGCCCAUACGGUGCCUGAAUACGACCGUUACAUGGACCUCAUAAGAGCUGCGAACCCUGCCCUAGCUACUUACUUAGAGACCUCAGAUCCGAAGUUAUGGUCGAGAGUUCAUUUUGAAGGUGAUAGAUACAAUAUAAAGACGAGCAACAUCGCAGAAUCUAUUAACUCGGCUGUCAAGAAAGCAAAAGGAUUACCUAUUCCUCGUCUUUUGGAGUUUAUUAGGGAGAAGCUCGGGAGAUGGUUUAGCAAGAGGCGGGAGGAUGCACUGAGUCUCACAACCAGACACAGCAGAGGUGUUGAGUACAUAUUGGCCAUACGGUCUUACUAUGCGGGAAGUAUGAUCGUAGAUCGCAUAGACGCUUGGCGCUUUCAUGUUAAAGGCGGGAGACGAGAUUGUAAUGUCGACUUGGAGAAUCGAACAUGCUCGUGCGGUGUGUAUAACGUUGAAAAAAUCCCUUGCUCUCAUGUUAUUGCAGCUGCAGCCGAAGCUAACGUCGACAUGUCCUAUUACGUAUGCGCCACUCAUUCGACGCCUUCCUUGUUCUCAACAUAUGCACAUCCGAUUUACCCCAAAGAGGGAACUGACUCCCACGUGAAGCCUGUUCGCUGUUUGCCUCCAGGGGAGAGUGUCCCUUCUGGAAGGCCGAAGAAGUCGAGGUGGCAAACUUGGCUAGAGAUGUCUAGGAAGAAAAACACAAAACCGAGGAAAACGCAUAAGAAGUACAGCUGCUCUAAGUGCAAGGAACCUGGUCAUACUCGCCCCAAUUGUGUCGCUGAAGACUGA